UUUAUCAUCAUCAUCAUCACCAUCACCCUCACCCCCAUUGCCAAAUUCAUACCAGUGCAACCUCUACUAACUUCUUAUUUCAUCUCUUUCUUUCCCUUUCUCUUUUCAUAACAAAUGAUGGAGUCUCAACAAGAACCCAAGGUUACAAUCCCCCCUUUGAUCCCUUUGGAGUACUCGAACCGGGUGAUGUUGAAAACGAUAUUGGAAUGUGGUGAUGAUGAGAUAGAGUUGUUUGGUAAGACAGUGGUGGUUGGAGGAUGGGUUAAAUCUUCUAAGGAAGUUAAAAGGGAGCCCGUGGUGGCGGCAUUGAAGCCACCGACGGCGGCUGAAGCCUUCCCUCCUUCUCCGGGCCCUAAAGAACUUAGUUGCGUCGAAGUGGUUCAAUCUAGAAUCCCUUUUUUCAAGAAAAUUAUAAGAGUUUUCGGUGUUUCUUCUGACAGUUAUCCAGGUGUUCGAGAAAAGUUCGAGCCAGUUCCUAAACCGCCGCCUUCGAAGUUCUUUCUACAAAUUAAUGAUGGCUCUUCCAUUUCAAGUCUUAUGGUUGUAAUAGAUUCAGCUAUAGUUCCAGUAUCUGCAAGCCACGUUCUACCUACAGGAACAUGUAUAUUAGCCCAAGGUGUUUUAGAAAAAUCAUCAUCACAUGGAAAACAAACAAUCGAGCUUAAAGUCGAGAAAAUUCUUCACAUUGGAACAGUCGAACCGGAUACAUAUCCGUUAUCAAGAAAAAGAUUACCCCUUGAUUCUUUAAGGGAUUAUCCCCAUAUUCGUCCUAGGACGACUACGGUGGCAUCUAUAACACGAAUCCGCGACACCCUUGAUUUCGCGGCCCACACAUUCUUCCAUAACCAUGGUUUUUUGCAUGUACAAGUGCCAAUAAUAACAACUAUAGACUCCGAAGGUUUCAGUGAAAAGUUUCAGGUUACAACAAGCAAGAAAUGGGGGUUGGGGAGUGGUGCCGAUGCCGAUGUUCGGCAUGAAACUGUUAAGGCUGAACAACAUAUUGAAGCAAGAGACAAAUCCAAACUAGGAACUGGAGUGAAGCCUGAGGUCAAAGAAGAUUUCUUUGGUCACCAGAGCUAUUUAAGUGUUUCAGGUCGGCUACAUUUGGAGAGCUAUGCAUGUGCUCUUGGGAAUGUUUACUCGUUUGGACCCAGAUUUCGGGCUGAGAAAACAGGGUCAAUCAAACAAGUGGCUGAAAUGUGGGUUGUUGAGGUCGAAAUGGCAUUUUCACAACUAGAGGACUCAAUGAAAUGUGCAGAGGACUGCUUCAAAUUUCUGUGCAAAUGGAUAUUGGAUCACUGUCCACAAGACAUGAAGUUUGUCACAAAAAGAAUUGACAAGACUAUUGUUCACCGUCUUGAAUAUAUGAUAUCAAUUUCUUAUGAAAGGAUUUCUUAUAGAGAGGCAGUAGAUAUCUUGAGAAAGGUGACAGAUAAGACUUUCGAAACAAAACUUCGAUGGGGAGUCCCUUUAACAGCUGAACAUCUAAGCUACUUGGCUGAUGAUCACUAUAAGAGACCUGUGAUUAUUUAUGAUUAUCCAAAAGCAGUUAAGCCAUUUUAUGUACGCUUGAAUGAUGAUGGAAAAACAGUGGCCGCUUUUGAUAUGGUUGUACCCAAGAUGGGAACAGUGAUUACGGGUAGCCAAAGUGAAGAGCGGCUUGACAUGCUAAGUGCAAGAAUGAAGGAAAUUGACUUGUCAAGAGAUCAGUACGAAUGGUACCAAGAUCUUCGCAAGCAUGGAACAGUCAAGCACUCUGGGUUUAGCCUAGGGUUCGAUCUUAUGGUUCUUCUUAUGACUGGCCUCACUGAUGUCAGAGAUGUAGUUCCUUUUCCCCGAACUCAUGGCAAAGCCAACAACUAAGAAACUGUCCAUAAAGUUCAUAAAAAUAGAGAAAUCAUAGUUUCAACUUGGUUGUGUUUCAGAUACAGAGAAACUUGUGUAAAAAGAUAUUCUAAAUGCAAUACAUCUUAAUCUUAUAGCUAAA